CGUGGUCUGAAAGACUCGGGAGAAGUGAUGAAAAGUUUAAAGACGUGUUUAUGUACCAAAUAUGUACAGCAGACUUUGCUCUAAGCACUUCGAGGAGUCGGCCUUUGAGAAAAGUCCCUCAGUAUUGAGAAGUGUUGGAUGUGGGGACGUUUUCAGACCGCAACUUAAAAGAGAUGCCCUACCAACAAUUUUUGAGCACCAAAGGCCCGAGAAAAAGAGACAAUCUGCCCAGUCAAUCGCAUCAAAAAGAAGAAAGAUAGAAAUUAUGAAGAACCAUUGUGAACAAGUUGCCACUAAAUCGCCAGAAGUAGCACCAAUUGAAUUUGAUAGUGACAGUACCCUAUAUGCUACACCACUUGUUGUUGCGACCCCUUUGUCCAUUGAGCCCUGCUUUUCUUCCCUGGAGACUCUUGCAGAUGUAGCAUCUGACCAGAUUAAGAUGUCCACUACGUCAACAGUUACUACUGCUCAGAACUUCAGCAUGCAAACUCAAACACCAAGAUGGCCAAGUCAAUCUAAGGAAGUGCAGGCAGUAACCACACGGGUAGAACAGAGUACACAGACAGACUGGGACAAUGAUGUACCCAGAAAUCAGACCCGUAAGAUAAAAAUGCCAGAGAAAACGUGCUUUGAGGAUAGUUUUUUGUCAGAACUUUCUGAGAAUAGUGUCAGAGAAAAUGAAAGUCUUGACAGUACAUGGGCCCCAGACAGUUCUUUUAUAGAAAGCAAUGUUGAUAGUGAUAGUGAUAGUGAUGAUAACAUUUCUUAUGGUGGACAAAGGAAAUUCAUAGUGUACGAGUCUGAGCUCGACAAAUUGGUGAACUACUGUAAGAAUUGCGCGGGAAAAGUGAAUGUAGAAAAGAAAAUUACAGGAUCUCAGCUCAUGUGUUUGCUAACUUGUGAAUUUUGCCAGUCAACUUCAACAUGGUCAAGCCAACCAGUAUCAGGGACUUUAGCACUAGGACACUUAGAACUUUCUGCUGCCAUUAUGUUUUCAGGCAGCAGCCCCUAUAAGUUUCUCAGGGCAUUAGAGUUUGCCGGUGUUCAAAUGUUUAAGCCAGUCACCUACUUCAAAUUACAAAAAGUGUAUGUUUCACCCGCUAUUUUCAAUGUGUGGGAGUCUGACCAGGCUCGUAGAGUUUUGGAGAUCGAACAAGAAGGGCGUGAAGUAAGGUUAGCAGGAGAUGCAAGAUGUUGUUCACCAGGACACACAGCAAUGUUUGGUUCCUACAGCGUGAUGGACCUUCAGACUUGUCAGAUACUGGACAUACAACUUGUACAGAGUAAUGAGGUGAAAAAUUCGUAUGCGAUGGAGUUGGAAGGUUUGAAACGGUCCCUGAAUUUCCUUACUGAAGAAAAUAAUGUAAAAGUCACCCACCUGGUCACCGACAGACAUAGUGCAGUGAAGAAGUACAUGAGAGAAAAUCACUGUGAUAUCAUUCACUGGUUUGACGUGUGGCAUGUAGCUAAAGGUGUCUUUAAGAAGCUGGAGGCAGCAGGGAAGAAGAAAGGUUGUGAGAAGGUGCAUGAAUGGGCCCGUUCCGUCAGUAAUCAUCUGUACUGGUGUGCUGCUAGCAGCAAUGGUGACGGGGAACUUGUACAACAGAAAUGGCUGUCAAUAUUGAACCAUGUUACCAAUGUGCAUGAAGGGCAUGGAGACAGAUUUCCCCGCUGUGAGCAUGGCGACAUUGGUGAUCGAAUGUGGAUGAAAAAAGGGUUCAAACCUCACGCAGAAUUGGCCAAGGUUGUCCAAGGCAGGCAGCUUGUGCAGGACGUAAAGAAACUGUCACCUGCUGAACAGACAUCGUCUCUUGAAGCAUUUCAUAAAGUGAUCUGUAGUUUUGUUCCAAAAUCAACGCACUACAAGCAUGCCAACAUGGAGGCAAGACUUUUCCUUGCUGCCCUACACUUCAACGAGAACUGCAACAGGAAGCAAGCUGUAACUAAAGAUGGUAGACCACAGUUUUCAGUCUCGUACCCAAAAGCUAGGAAAGGGGAACCAGUUGCAAAGGAAGUCAAGUCAGAACAGACCUUUGGUUAUAUAAAAGACUUAAUGAAUGAAGUUUUGGGACUUCGAGAGUUUCGGCCAAGUUACAGUGCUGCCAACAAUCUAUUACUAUCUAUGGAUAAGAACCGACCAUUGCCACUCUCCCAGAGCACACCGAAAAGACAGUCCAAACAAGAUGUGAUACAUGCGCAUGUUUCUCGUUUUAACCGUUGAAGUGACAAAAGACGAGACAUAUAACAUUGGUUUUAUUUACAAAACUCAGAUAAAUAAUUUCAAAAAAGGGCAUAUAAACAACACAAUAUGCUUUAUAAACUGAUUUACUUUAAAGGUCAAUCAUGUCCUUGAAAAUAAUUUCUCAGUUUUUAAAUGUCAGAAAUGGUUCACUUUGUCUUCAUUCAUAAAAUUAAUCAUAAAAUGCAAACUUUUAGUAAUAAUACAAAAUUAUAUUUUCUUAGUUUAAAGGUGCAUUGUUCCAACUUCCAGAUGAUCAUCAAAACUUUAAUUUUCUAAAAUUGACUUCUCAGUACAUAAAACAUGUAGAAAAUGAUAUAGAAAUACUAUCCAAAAUAAUAUUUUAAUGUGAACUUUUAAGAUAUGUAGCUUCAUUCAACCCAUAUUGUAACAAUUUCAAAAGCUUUUUUAACGGUUUUGAGGUUUUUUCUUGCAUGAUUUAAUAACGCCCGUUAUAGUUGUUCUACAUUGUUGUAUGCUUUCCAUAAGGAGCUAAACUACUUUAAUUAUUCAUCUUUGAGAGUUUACUUUUACAAUCUUUCUAAGAUAUGAAAAUUUGAACAAAAAUCGCAGUGCACCUUUAAAAGCUGUUUGUUUCCAGCUAAGAUGAAUAAUUUCAACUUAUUGAUGUAAUUCAAUUUUGCAUAUAGUAAGGGUACCACACUGAAAAUGAUUCUUUAUAGGAUAAGAUAUAAACUGAAACUAUUGCGGAUCAAUGACAAAUAUACCAUGGUGUUUGUUUAAACUGUCCCUUUUCAAUUGUACACAUUUUAAGAUAUAGAAUAAAGAAAUGUGGGCAGUCAGAUAGAUCAUAGAAUAUCACUUAGAUAGUCUGACCAGUUGUGGUUUAAUCAGAAAGUUUGGAAAUUGUCUUAAAGGCACACUUGUGUAGAUGAAUAUCAAAAUUUUUGAUUUCGCUUUUAAAAUGACUAAGAUAAUAAUAAUUAAAAUGGAUAAUUUGAUGUUUUAUAAUUUAAAUAUAACUCAGAAUUCCAUCUACGGUAUAUUGUUACUAUUUCAAAGGUCACUACCUGUAGUGUAGUCGUUUUACAUUACAGUCAAUGUUUACUUAUUAUUGUAGGUAUUUUGUAAAUUUUGCAUAGGCAAGUUUGAGCAGUACAUCUAAAACAAUUAUCAAAGAUACCCACUUGAAACUUGCAAUACUUUUCAUUAUUUAUAGUGGAGUCAUUUCAAAAGGACAGGCAACAUUUAAUUGUUUUCUACACAAUUAUGGUAUAUUUUUUCUUGAAAUAUGUGGUUAUACUAUCCAGCUAUGAGAAAUGUUGAGCACAAGGUCUUACAGACAGUUCUUAAUAUGUUUGAACUUGUAAUGUCUAUUGUUAUGUUGCUGUUAAGUUUUUUUUCUGUAAAUAUUUUAUUUUAAUAAAGUAAUAUAUUGCAUUCAAAUUUCUCUUGUGUUUCUUUUUUAUUGGUUAAAGGGUUUUCCUUUGUUUGUACAAGUGCAUCACCCUGAAAAAUGGAUGCAAGACAAGAGUAAAAAGGCCUUUUAUCUCAAUGUAAUAAGAACUAAAAUCACCAUUGUUGUACAAGCUUUUCAAACAUUCAUUGAUUGUAUAUCAGAGCUAAAAGCGGACUUUCUUCACAGUUAUUGUCAGUUGCAAAGUGGUUAGACAGAUGCGCCUUAAGCUGAUUCAUCCUUUUUAUCAGAAUGCAUGUAUACUUAUCAAAACUUGGAAAUCGAUUUUCAGCUCCUGGGACUAUUUCAUAUAUUUGGUUAUUUCUGUAAAGUUUUCGGCACUUACAUAUCUCAUGAACCUUAAUAGGA